AUGCGCAUCAUUCCGAACCUGCUGGACGAAGUGCUCAACGGCACUCAGUCGUCGUCGUCCGCGGAAAAGGACGACGAGUUCUACAGCGCGUCUAGCACCGAGGAACAGCCCAGGGACGACCCAAAGGCAGUGUUCACCGUCCAGGACACCGCACCCGAAGAGUACGAGGACAGCGGCAUGCCGCUGAUGCAGUACACUACGUUGCCGAGUAGCUUUCACCAUCAUCACCACAACAACAACAACUACAACAACAACAACGACAACAAGACCAACAACAACUACGGCAAAGACGACGGGGGCGUGGAGGAGAAUACCAUUGCGGAAGCCGAGGACUUCCGGGCGGCCGACAAGGACCGGAACGCUGACGACGAUGCGGACAACACGUUGGAAUGGCGCAACAUCAUGAAGAGGCAAGCUCUGCUCGAGAACCUUCACCGAAACACCAUCAUAGCGAACAAGCGAUUGAAACUGCUUUCGAGGAGGUAUGCUAAAAGCCGGUUCGAAGAGGACAGGACUCGAACAGAGAUCGGUCGAAACUCGUCAGGUUUUGCCGCCGAACAGAUGACCAUCGACAGCGAAGACUCUUUCCAAGUAGACAAUGGGUCACCACCCAUUCCUUCGUCACCCACUGGUCUUCCAGGGUCACCUACAUGCGACGACGAAUCGUCGCCCACCAAGUCUAAACAGCAUUUUACGUUCCCCACAGUCAACGAAACAGACGAACCUAAUGAUGGAACCAAAAGGAGACCGUCGACGGUGUACAGCCGGACGCCAAACUGGAACAACAAGGAGCGGAAGAACUCGGCCGUGCUGCUGGACGCGUUGGUCAUCAACAAGAGCCAAUCUGCCGCGGUGGUCAUGUCGGACACCGGACAAGUGGCCACGAUCGUUGUCCAACAGCCGUCGUUGUCGGCCAACUCGCCGGAACAGGGGCACGAAGGGUGUCAGACGGCGCCCGUCGAGCUGCCGAUCGACUUCAACCGGUGGCCCGACUUCGCCAACAGCAUAAGUUCUCAGCAGUAUCACGACUUUCAGAUGAAGUAUGGGAGUCCUCAUCAUAGCCGAUCACAGAGUGUUCGGACGCCUGGCAGCAAAAGCACGGUACAAUUGCAAUUGGGACCCAAUGGCAUACCCAAAAACCGUUCCAACCAACUUACCUUACCACAACAGAGGUCUAGAGUGGCUAGUAUGCCAAAUACUGGUGUUGAAGAGGAAUAUUAUCGAAUCCGACAGUUUUCAAUCUCUGGAAAGGGGAUCAUCAACCGAGGAGAUUCGCUAAAAAGUCGGAGAUCAAAAUCCAACAACAGUGUUGCAUCCAGCAAUUCUAGCACGGAACACUUGACGGCCUCCAACUACACUGUGAUCGGCGUCGGCUGCGGUGGCGCUGGCGGUGGAGGCGGAGGGGGAGGUGGCUCCUAUCCGGGUUCGGCCAGGACCAGUGCCGGCACGUCGUUGGCCUCUUCCAGAGAGUCCAGUUGCGCCAGCUGUCCAGGCAUCACUCAGCCGUUCCGCAUAGCCAUGUUGGGUGCCACGGGCGUCGGCAAGACGUCGCUGGUGUGUCAGUUCAUGACAUCCGAGUCACUGCACAUUUACGACGCUUCCAUUGGUGAGUGUGUGCAUAAUAUUAUCUGCUGCAGUUCGUCUGCAUUUUACGGGUCAGUGGGUCACACCGGUCGGAGGUGA